AUGUUCUUCAAAUCAGGUGUAAUCGGUGCCCUUGGAAUCGCUUCUCAUGUGAAAGUGAUUCAUCGGGAGGAUGUCCAUGCUGAGAUGUCUCCACCUAGAUCUGAUUCUAAUCGUCAAAUCAUUCUCAAGGACUUUUCGGGCUUGCUCAUGAUCAAUUUGGUGGUGAUCGCGGAUACGGAUGACGCGGUUGCUACCAUGACCAUUAUUGAGAGACCAACCUUGGCGGAGAGCGAUGACAACAACAACGACAAAGAAGGAGAAGAAGAAGUCACUGUGGAGCAAGGUAAAAGCAAGAAGAAUAGGAAGAAAACUACCUCUUGGACUCCUAUUGAAUGCGAUGGCGCAAUGAGUGCUUUUCGAAUCAUCCCACAUGUGAAAGCAAUUGAUCAUGAGAAUGGCAGAGCCAAGAAAUCCACACCGAGAUCAGGUUCCUCUCAUGGUCAGAUUGUGCUUGAAACCUUCACUGGUGUGCUCACGAUCAAAAUAAUGGUGGUGAUGGACCCAGAUGAUGUGCCUGCAAUGACCAUUUUUGAGAGGCCAACUUUGAUGGAAAGCGAGGACAAUGAAGUUACAAAGCAAGGCAAAAGAAGGAAGAAUAGUGGGAAGAAAACUUCCGCUGUUACUCCUAUUGAAUCAACUUUGGACAAAAGCAAAGACGAAGUGUCCAUUGUGGGGCGCAAUGUUGACAGUGAACCUGCCAAUCCAGAUGGUAAUGAUAUGUCCAACAGUGACAGUGAGGAUGAUAAUAACAAAGAGGAGGUGACAGAUUACUACGAUAAGAUGAAGCGUGCCAAACUCUGGGCUGUUUACAAAGAACGUUUUGGCAAACAGCCCCAAAAACUCAGAAUGCGUGACAUCGUGCAGGUUCUUUGUAAGGAUGAUCUUGACAAUGAAAAGGAGAACCACACCGCAAAUAAUAUAGCUUCUUGUCCAACUACUGUCAACUGA